AAAUGCAGAUACGUUACAUGGUUUUGAGUACUAUUGGGGGCAACUUAUAAGUUUUCCUAAUGCAAAGUUGUAUCUUGAACAUUACCUUUAUGAAUAUCAGUUUUUGUGGGCAUGUGCUUUCAUUGCGAUGGCAUUUACACUAGGAAUUCAAUCUACGUCUUUCGUUAAAAGUCAAAAUGCAUGCAUCAAGAGAGUGUUAGAAAGCAGUAAUACAUCUUUGUGUGAGUUGGAACAAAUGAAGAAAAGUUUGUAUUAUAUGGCUAGUCAUUCUACAGUUGAAGAGGUUGAGUCACUUAUUAUUUGUAAAUCAUCACAAAGUAAAGACAUGGAUGGUGAACUUGAUGCUGUUAAUUUAUUAGCCAAAUGUCUUUUGGAUCGCUUAGAACAAAAUACAAUUAAGGAGAUUUGGAAAUUGUCAAGGAUUACAAGCA